AUGCCAGAGCUAAAGUGGAGCAUUGGUUCAAGUCACACUGACGGCCAAGGAAAAAGGGAAACUGUGGGAGCACUGGCCAGUGAAGGAGGGGAGAAAAAGGAGCGAGAGGGGUAAAAAAAUUCCUCUUUUAUUAAUGCAGUAAGUACUCAUUACCAAGGUAUAUAUGCAAUACUCUGGGGAAUUCGCUAUUGUCUGGGAAGACAAUAGCAGGGUUACAUAAUUAAUGAGAUCGAAUGCAUAAUCAAUUUUCCCCAGCAUAUUGUUAACAAAUACAGCAACUGAUAUAAUUUAAGCUGAAUUACACAAAAGAUAAACUUGACCACUGGACACAUCAAUGCAAAUGUAAUAGAAAGUGGCGAAAAAGCACAGACAGGCGUAAUAUACGCAAAUGUUUCAGCAGUGACAGUGACAGUGACAGGUGCACAAGUGGUGUUGGACCCUAGUUGUCUUGCCAUUCUUCCGCAAGUUUAAGAAAUUCAGUCACCAGAUCUUUUGGCUCUUCCAUGGAUUCUCCUUUGAAGAGAUUGAUACUUGUAGGGUUCAUCUGGCCGUACUGAAAAUAUGCACCACGCUUUCGUCUCUCCAUACUAAACAGGCAUGGAACUCCAAUGUGGCGUGCCUUGGGUGGAAUCGCAUGGAAGUGAGGCAGGCACGGCUGCAACAGCCCCGUGUUGACACACUUUUUUACUUGGCAGCUCUGACAGCUCGAGUUCAGUUUUGGAAGAGUUUUUAUCCUAACGUUUUUGUGACCUCAAUGUUCGAUGGCCUCUUGUAGUAUAUAAAGUUCUCGCAAACGUACAUUUGCUGGAGAGGGAAAGUUAAACUUUUUGUUAGACCCUAGCGUAUUUUUCUAUAGCUUUGAACUAAACGUGUUUGGUGAAGAAAUUAAGCUCAACUGGAAGCCCGCGGAUGAAGAUCCUGCUCAAGUGUUUUCAAACUUUUCGUCAAUUUCAAUUGGUCUAAAGUUUAAA